GAGAUUCCUGUGGAAAAAAAAAUACAAGUCGUUGGGUCGGUUUCCGGACAAACUGGGAGUUUUUACAUAACGUUUAUUUACAUUUUUGUGGUGGGUUAACAUGUGUCCAUAGUAAGAUAUUUCAAAGAAUCGAAAUGUCUACCAAACACCAUAUUCCCAGGGUUAUGGGGAACCGUGGAAAAACCUCCGACGAGGUGGAAAGGGAAAACUUCGAGAAAAAUCAGACUGUUGCUAUCAACAAGGCCAUCAACAGCCAGGAAACUCCCGUCAAAGAAAAACAUGUGCGGAUUACAAUUCUUGGGACAUUCACAGACAAUGGGGCCAGCAUGUUCUGGCACAUUGCCAACAGACUUCCUGUUCAGGGCAACCCCAUAUUGUGCUGGAAGUUCUGCCAUGUGCUGCACAAGAUAGUGAGAGAAGGACAUCCUAAUAGUAUGGUGGAUUCUUUCAAAUACUGCAGUCAUCUCAGUGACUUGGGAAAGCUGUGGGGUCACCUGAAAGAUGGAUAUGGGAAACUGAUAGAAAAUUACUGUAGUCUUUUGAUUCAGAAAUUACAUUUUCACAAAAAAAACAUGGAGAUUCCGGGGAAUCUGUUAAUGUCUGAUGAACAGUUUGCCAAGAUUUGUGGAUCUGAUGUAAACAAUUAUUUUGAGAUAGCAGUGGACAUGUUAGACUAUAUGGAUGAAAUCCUUUCUUUGCAACAUUCAGUGUUUAGUUCCUUGGACAUGUCUCGGUCCAACUCCAUGACAAACUCAGGACAGUGUAGAUUAGCUCCCCUGAUUCUGUGUAUACAGGAUUCUUGUCAGCUCUAUGAUUACACUGUCAAAUCACUAUUCAGAUUACAUUCUAGUCUCACUCCAGAUACCCUUGCUGGUCACAGAGAUAGGUUUAUAUCUGCAUAUCGGAAAUUAAAGCAGUUUUACCUCAGUAGUAGUAAUUUACAAUAUUUCAAGAAUCUAGUCCAAGUCCCAUAUCUGCCUGAUGAGCCCCCAAACUUUCUGAUUGCCUCAGACUUCAGUAAACAUGUCAAACCAGUUGCAGUGGUCCCAGAACCUGAACCAGAAAAUGAGCCAGACAGUGAAAGUGUGGGUGACUUGAUUGACACAUCAGAGGACAAAUUUGAUGCUGCAUUUGGUAAUGGAUUCGGGCCUCCAGAAGUUGAUGAGAGAGAUAUUUUGAUUGAACGCCUUCAGAAAGAAAUACAGUUCUUGAAAUCUGAGAUAGAAAGGAUCAAAUUUGAGGACCAGAGAGUAAUUUCAGCCCAGAUGCAAAAAAUUGCCGAACUGGAAAAAAUUCUUUCGGAGUUGAGACUAUCUGCUGAUAAAGCAUUGAAGGAAAAUGAGAGCACCAAGAAGAGAUUGGAAGAAGCCUCACUCAAUGCUGGAGCUUUAGCCAAAUUGGCAGAAGCUGAAAAACAUGCAAAAGGAAAUGAGGAAAAAUUCAAGAAAAUGAAGGAAAUCUACAACAAAUUAAGAGAGGAACAUGUGUCCCUCAUCAGAAAAAAUGCUGACACCACUAAACAGUUGGAAACCGAGAAGAGGCUAGUCGAAGAAAAAGAACAAUUCAUUCAGGUGUCUAAAUCUCAGAUGGAUCGACUUGAAAAUGAGAGGAAAGUCAUACAAGACAGUCUGCAACAGAGUGCUGAUAAGGUUACUUCACAACUUGCAGAGGCCACUGCUCAGAACACUGAGCUUUUGAAUAAACAAGAGAACCCAUCAGCAUUUUCGUGUGAUGAACUUCAUAUUCAGCAUUUAGAGAACCAGGUGAAAACCUUGGAGGACACUAAAGGUAACCUGAUAUCACAACUCCAGACCUCUGAGGAGGAAUGUGAAAGUCUCCAGGUCAAUCUGGAAGCUCUGGAGAAGGAAAAGCAACAGACAGAGGAUGCUCUUCAACUGGAGAUAAGGAAUGUGCAAGGCCAGCUGGCUGCUCUCAAGGACGAAAUGACAACCAAUGAAAUGAAGAGGAAGAAUGAGAUUGACAGCUUGAAGGGUAAGUUGGAUGAUGCUGUAUCAGAAAAGGCUGCCAUGGAGGCUCAGCUGAAGAAAGACAUUGAAGAUCUACAGGGUCGCCUCAGUCAACUGGACAGUGACAAACAGGCCGGAGAAAAGAGGCUCCAAGAAGACCUCAGUCAGCUCCAUAGAGACCUCAUCGAUAGUGCGUUGAAAGAGGGAAGACAAUUCAUAGUUGAUGCCAUGCUACUGGUGGAAAAUCCAGCACAUAUUACAGUAAAAUGCAAUGCAGAGUUUUUGUUGCUGAGAGCAGAACCUGUGCUGUCAGCCCUUGAAAAUCUCAAUACAGCCCAAAAUGUGUACAUGGAAAACUCUGCAGAUCUGGAAGGACUGCUGAAGACCAUCAUAGGACUCAGCAACCAGAUGGGUGACUGUGUGAUUCAUGGGAUAGCCACCUCACAUUCAGCUCAACUGGAUGCAGCUGAAGAGUUGGUGUCUGCUUGCCAGUCAGCUGGAGAGAGUGGAAUAGAGGUUCUAAAUUCCCUGAAGAAGGGUGGAUCUAUCAAGUCAGAAGUACAUAAGUCAGCAGAGAAAGUCAAACAUCUGAUCAAACUAGCAGAAGAUUUAGUUCCCAAGAUGGUGGAUGUGAAGGAAAAAGAGAUAGGUGACCUGGUAGAGAAUGAGAUGCAUUCCACUAGUGCUGCUAUUGAGCAGGCUGCCAAGAAAAUAGAGGAAAUGCUUCACCAGACCAGGAAAGACAUGUCUGGUGUGGAGCUGACUGUCAAUGAGAGCAUUUUGGACUCCUGCACUGGGCUCAUGCAGGCUAUCAAAGUGCUGUUAGUCAAAUCACAAGAAUUGCAGAAAGAAAUUGUGGGACAAGGAAGGGGUACAGCAAGUGUGAAAGAAUUUUACAAGAAGAACCACAGGUGGACGGAGGGACUGUUGUCUGCUGCCAAGGCUGUGGGUUGGGGUGCCACUUCCUUGCUAGAUGCAGCAGACAAGGUGGUGAGAGGAGAUGGAAAGUUUGAAGAGCUUAUUGUCUGCUCCAAUGAGAUUGCGGCAAGCACAGCUCAGCUCGUGGUGGCAUCAAAGGUCAAGGCUGACAGAAAGAGUAAGAAACUGUCAGAACUGUCCGAGGCUUCCAGAGGGGUCACAAGUUGUACGGGAAAAGUGGUGGGGUCUGCCCGAGAAGCAGCUCAGAUCAUAGAAGAACAAAACCUCAUGGAUUUCACAAAGCUUAACUUGAUACAAGCCAAAAAAGAGGAGAUGCAGUCCCAGGUGCGAGUUCUGGAGCUUGAAAAGGAACUAGAGACGGAGAGGUAUAAACUAGGUCAAGUGCGAAAGAGACAUUACCAGCUGGCUGGGGAAAAUGAAGGAUGGGAAAUUGAGGUAAAAUCAAAGUAUUGUCUAAAUUUUUAUUAUCCCCUCACGCAACUGGUUGUAAAGGGGAUAUAGCAUCGCUGCUGUACGUGUGUGUGUCUCCGUUACAGCUUGUGGGCAAAAUUUAAAGAGAACCCUUGCACUAAGGAUUAUCAAACUUCGCAUACUUCUGUGGCAUUGUCAGAGGAUGAACCCUGUUUAUUUUCAAGUAAUUUGGUGAAAUAUUUUUUAAAAUAUCGCGUCAUAACAACAAUGAAACACUGGAAUUUUAUGUACUCAUAUGGGGAUGUCACCAUUGCCGGUGAAGGGGUGCAAAAUUUAGGCCUAUGCUCGGUGCUUACGGCUUUAUCGUGCCACACAUGCUGUGACACGGGGCCUCAGUUGUAACAGUCUCAUCCGACAAGCAAGGGGUAGUGAGGACCUAUUCUAAAUCUGAGACGCUGUGUAUGAAUUAAAAGUGCCAUUCGUUAACAAGCUUUGAGUAAUUAUUUGAUAAACACAUUUUGAACAUGCCUUUGCAUCACUACCCAUGUUUGACAUUCAGUAUCUUAUUAAAGAAUGACUCGAUAUGUGUGCAAUUUUGUACCCAGGUAUAAAACAUGUAUUUGAAACAAGGCAUGAAAAUCGUGACGGUGUCGGUCAAUCGGAAAUGGGAUAGGCUGGUUACUUAUUGACUCGCCCUUAUAUAUAGGUAUAGAGAUUUAUUUAGAUGUUGUUAUUUUUGUUUUUCAGGAAUCUUGACAGAAUAAACCCUGUGAUAUAUGAAAAAAGAGUUGACCUUCAGGAAAAGCAUUGCCUGUCUGUCUUUUGAAGAAAAUCCAAUCUCCAUGUUUAUUACACCCAUUUUGUAUUUAUUGAAUAGCACAUUUCAUGCCCUUCAGCAUUGUUUGAAAGUGUGUCUUCUGUCUGCUUACAAUCUGGAAAUCUUAACUUUAAACAGAAAUGAACUUUUAUCAUUUUUAGGUUAUUAAUGUUGAUAUUAAUGAAGCUGUGUAGUGCUUGUAAUGAUAACAAAACCACAUGUGACAAAGCCCUACAUGUAAUUUAGUCCUUAGAAUUUGUGAAAGUUCAUGCAACAUUUUUAAGGUUUGAAUUUUUAUUUUUUCAUGGACAAGAUUUUAUGUGACUAAACAACAGCAAUGUCAUAAAAUCAGUCUUUUGAAUUGUGACAUCUGGGAUCAAGCACCAUCCUUUACUUUAAAUUAAAAAUGUCAUUUUUCAGUACCUCGGUCUUUUUAUUUCAAAACCAUUCAGUGCACUAGAAAACAUAAUUUAUUCUUGGGCAGUGAUUUUUCUUUGAAACUUGCAUAUAUAGUAACUGUAUGAAUUAUGUUUGCAAAGUAACAUUAUGUCUAUGGAAAUGAAACUCAUACAGAAAUGUGAUCUGUUUCAUUUCAAAUUUUAAAAAUCCAAAAAAAGUCAUUCAUUAUGUCAUACCUGUAUCAUAGGAUCACCAGCAUUUUUCUACAGAUAACAUAUAUCAAAAUGUUGUGCAUACAUUCUUCAUUCAAAUAAAAUAAUUUUUGCUUCAAACUUGUGAAAUUCAUGUUAGAGGGUCAAGUUAGGUCAGACUUAUACAUACCAGUAGUCUGUUUUUUGAUUAUCUGUACUAAAAUACUAUUUUAAUUUUUAAAAUACUGUACAAUGUAUAUUAAGUGGUUAUUUUAGUGAGAUUCAAUAUUAGUCAUUUUGUUCAAAAGAUGGGGUAUUUAGUUUUAGCGUAAUUGGAGUGAUGAAAAUCGUAAUAUACCGGUAAACAUAAACCAUGCUCUUUGUUUGAAGGGGAGUACCUGUGUCCCAAGAACAAUGAUUUCUAAUGAUAACCUAUUACUGUUGAUGCUCUUGUGCUGACAUAUCAUUAGAACAAUGAUUUCUAAUGAUAACCUAUUACUGUUGAUGCUCUUGUGCUGACAUAUCAUUUUCUGUGUACAUGUAUUCACUAUAAGAGUUACACAGUUGUAUGAUAAAAAUCACCAUCAAUACUUUUUCUGAUCACCUGUUGUCCGUCAUCUGUCUGUCCGUCUGUCUGUAAAAUUUUCACAUUUUCAACUUCUUCUCCAGAACCACUGGGCCAAUUUCAACCAAACUUGGUACAAAUCAUUUUUGGGUGAAGGGGAUUCAAGUUUAUUCAAGUGAAGGGCCUCCUUUAAAGCGGAGAAAAUCACAAGAAUGCAAAAAUAGGAAAAUCAUUUUUUCCAGAACCGAUGGGCCAAUUUCAACCAAACUUAGUUCAAAUCACCCUUAGGUGAAAAGAAUAAAGUUAGUUCAAAUGAAGGGCCAUUCCACCUUCAAAGGGGAGAUAAUCACAAAAAUAGGGUGGCGUCAUUUAAAAAUCUUCUCAAGAACCACUGUGCCAGAGAAGCUGAAAUUAACAUGAAAGCUUCUGACUUGGUGGAAAUUCAUGUUUGAUAAAAAAUCAUGACCCCCAGUGGUAGGGAAGGCCACAAUAGGGGAUCAAAGUUUUACAUGCAAAUAUUAAUAGGGAAAAUCUUCUCAAGAACCACUGGGCCAUAAGAGUGGAGAUUUACCUGAAAGGCUCCUCGUAUAAAGUAGAUUCAAGUUUGUUCAGAUAAUGGCCCCCAGGGAUAGGGUGGGGCUACAAUAAGGGAUCAAAGUUUUACAUGUUGAUAUAUUGGAGUGUCUUCUUCUCCAGAACCAAUGAACAAAUUUUAAUCGAACUUGGUACAAAUUAUCCUUGGGUGAAGGGAAUUAAAGUUUGUUCAAAUAAAGGGAUAUUCCUCUUUAAAUGUGAGAUAAUCUCAAAAAUGAAAAAAAGUGUGGGGUCAUUUAAAAAUCUUCUCAAGAACCACUGAGUCAGAAAAGUGAAAGUUUAGAUGAAGCUUCCUGACAUAGAUUAGAUUGAAGUUUGUUCAAUUCUUGGGGCCGCAAUAGGAAAUCAAAGUUUUACACGCUCAUAUAUACGAAAAAUCAUUUAAAAUCUUCUCAAGACCCACUGGGCCAUAAAAGUUUAAAUUUACAUGAAAGCUUCCUGACAUAGAGUAGAUUUAAGUUUGUUCAAAUCAUGAUUCCUGGAGGUUCGAUGGGGCCACAAUAGAGGAUGAAAGUUUUGCAUAUGCUGAUAGAUAGGAAAAAAUCUUUAAAAAUAUCUCUUGCACUAUAAGCUAUGGCUUUUAUAUUUUGUAAAUACAUUCUUUACAAGAAGACCUUUUAUGUAUUGCAAUAUUAUCUGAUCUUGUGACCUUGACCUGGAAGUUAGACCUACUUUUAAUUUUAAAAAAUGACCUAUUCAAUAUUUCCUGAACUAUUCAAAGUAGAUCUUUCAUUAUAUAUCAUGUAUUUUGACUUUGUGACCUUGAACUUGAAGUUUGAUCUACUUUUAAGAAAACAUUACCUAUUUAAUAUAUUUGGAAUUAUAUUAAGUAUGACUUUCACAUUUUGUAUAUAGAUUCUUUAUGGCAAGACCUUGAUAUUCCUGGAAGUUAGAACUUGUGACCUUGACCUUAGAGUUUGAGCCACUUUUUAAAAAAUCUUACCUAUAUAAUAACUCCUGAACUAUUUAAAGUAUGGCUUUCAUAUUUUGUAUAUAGAGUCCUUAUGGCAUUGUUAUUCUGUAAAGCUGGACCUUAGAGUUAAACCUACUUUUCAAAAAUCUGACCUAUUCAAUAUUUGAUGUAGAUCUUUCAUAUCGUGUAUAGAGAUUUCUUAUGGCAAGACCUUUCAUUUCACAUGUGACCUUUGACCUUGAAACCUUAUACUAUAACCUACUUGUAAUCAAUCUUUGGAACUAUUUAAGGUAGGACUUUCAUAUUUUGUACAUAGAUGUUUUAUGAUGUAAUCUUGUGAUACAAUUGUGUUCGAUCUUGUGACCUUGACAUACUUUUUACUUGACCUUGGAGUUGGACCUACUUUUAAAAAUCUGACCUAAUCUCUUGAACUAUUUAAUGUAGAUCUUUCAUAUUGUGUGUAGAGAUUUCUUAUGGCAAGAUAUUUCAUUUCACACUAUGACCUUGUGACCUUUGUUUUAACCAAAAUAGGUAGGCCAUGUUAGUCAUAUUGGUGUUGAGGCACAUCUGUGGUUUGUGAAAUAAUUUUCAGUUAUGCAGUGAUCCUUUGAGGCUAGAUUUGGGCCACAAUAUGGGGUCAAACAUAUUCAUGGGAGUAAAACGUGAUAAAAAUCACAACAACUGAACAAUGGCAGGGCCAAGGUGAUUCAGGUGAGCAAUGUGGCCCUUGGGCCUCUUGUUUAUUGCUCAAAUUGUGUGGAUUUACACAUUUGUACAAGUAUUUUAUUUUACAACAGCCAAGAAAAAUAACCGAUUUCCCAUAAUAGUAUGAAUUAGUUGUCAGCAUUACAUCAACAGCCGCAUUAAUAAUGUCAAAUUAGAUUCUACUUAUAUGGUAGGACUUGAUUUUGAAAGCUGAAGACUCACCUUACCCUCCAUCCCCACCCCCUUCCCCUCCUGAUAUUUAAAACCCCAAGAACUGAAUGUGACUCGAACUGGGAAAUUUCAAUGAAAAAUAUAUUUGUUCUUGGUUCAACGAUACCAAGCAGUUUGUAAUAUAGAAUGUGAAAAGUUACUUGUUACAUUUAUAACAUAUUUUGAUAUUAAUGUCUUAUCUUUUAUUUAUUUGCUAUUAUUUCAAAAUUUGAAUUUGUUGAUUAUUAUUAUUUUAGUCUUCUCAGCAUUAUGAAUAUCUGCUAGUUGAUAUAUGACAGAAGAAGAAAAAAGAACUAUGUAUAUGUAUUUGCUUAAAAUUUUAUUUUUGGUUAUUAACAAACACAAGUUCGGAAACCAAAACGGGUCAUGGUUAGAUAAUUAUGCUUGCAGCAUGUGAAUAUCUUUCUGGAAUUUAUGAAAGUUUAUGAGACUGCUUUGAAGAUCUGGCAAAAAUUAUGGAGUAAAUUUGAUAUGAGAAAAUCAAAGAGAUGUAUGUGAAAGGUAUAUCAAUGCUCACAUGUCACUUGGCUAUAAUUGUGUUGGUUUUGAUAACAGCUUUCAGUCUUGCAUUGUGCACAAAUGUACAAGGUUAUUAUGAAAUAAAGAUCAUUGCAUUUGGAAAUAUUUUCAAUGUAUAAAAAUGCAAGAUCACCAAACUAUCUCUUAAUAUACAUACUGUUGAUUAUGAAUCGGAUACGAUUACUAUUCUGUUUGUGCAUGAAGAAGCACAAAAUCCCCAUAUUUAGGAUUGUGCAAGAUCUGUAAAAUAUGAGUGUCUCUUUGAUAUUGAAAUAUCCAUAGGCAUACACAUUGAUUAUUUAGAAUUGUGUGUAGAUAUUUGAUUAUGAUCCUUUAAAUUUCAUAUGAAUCAUAAAGUUAAGUUCUCUUUAAAAUGUGUACCCUCCUUUUUAACAUAUACUUUAAAUAUGAAAAGAAAUUCCAUAAAAAUUUUCAAUGCAUUGUUUGAUGCUUAGAAAUCUGUUUGUUGUCAAAUUCUGCAUUGAAAGUGCAUUAGAGUUGAAUUCAUUUGACUUGUACAUUGUAUAUGCUAUACUGUACAACCAAUUAAACCAUCAGCUGGAUGUGACUGGGUAAUAAAUAGCAAGCUGGUGAUAAUAUGUAUGAUCAUUUAUACAGGGGCUUAAGAAAAUUAUGAAAAGAUGGGCAUUUUAGUAGUAUUCUAUGUCAGUGGAAUGACAUCAACAAAAGUGUCAUACUCGCAUCGUUAUAACUGGUAAAGAGACUGAAGGCAAACGUAUUGCAUGAUAGACAUUGCACUGGGUACACAGGUACUCCCAAAGAGUAGAUGACCCCUAUUGGUUUUAAGGUUGCAAAGCCAAAGGUCAUACUCAAAUGAUUGUAAUUGGAAAUGCGUAAUACAACUUGGUAUUGCAGUUGCCCCUGACUAGUAAAUAACUUGUAUUUUUCUUUGUAAUUACAGACAUUCUAAAUCCUCUUCAAUGUUGCCACAUGGGGAGCAUAUAUCUGUUUCUAAAAUAUUUCUUGUUUGAAAAUGUGUCAGGGGUCAGUAGGAAUUGCUGUCAAAUUUUAUACCCUUCACCUUAAAAGUUUAUGAUUUACGUGAAAGUCACAUGGUAUUGAAUUGUCUAGUUGUAAUAUUUUAUUGUAUUGUAAUUUUAUUUUUGUAUAUAUACAUCUCACAUAAGACAUCUUUCAUUUUGAAAUGAAAAGUAGUUUGAAUGGACACUUGAAUAGAAAAACCUCGCCAUCUUAUUUGCUUGCAUUACAAUGUCAUCUUAAAAGUUUUACAUGUACCGCUAUUCCAGGUUUGUUGGAACACGUUAUAGAAUUACACCAUGUGUUUUUUCCCAAAACUUGCUUGUACAUAUAGGUUAUGUGGACAUUGUUAUCACCAUAUUCUUAAAAAUCUUGUCAGAUUAUUUUGAAGGGGGAAAAAAGGAAAGAAAACUUGGUGCUUGCACUCAAAUGUUACAAUUAACUCCUUUAGUUUGAAGUUUAUUUACAAUGCGAGAAGGCUUAAACUCAUUUGAAUGAUUAUUGUAUAAUUUUCUUAAGGUAAAUAUGUACCGUUAUGUCAGUGAGAAAUAGUAUAAUGUAUAUUUCUUUCAGAAUAUUUUAAAAAGAUUUUACUUCAUGUGUUUUAUGGGGGGGGGGGGGUAUUUUGGAAUCACCAUGUCCGUCUGUCUGUAGAUAUGAUUUUGUCCAGGCAUGUUUUAAGAAACUAGUGCAUGGAUUUUUCUGAAAAUUUGUACACUCAUUACUCACCUUCUGAAGUUGUGCACAUGGUAUUUUCAUAUUGACUGAACAAUUUUUCUUCAAUUUACAGGCCUUUUACUUCUAAUCAUUUUUUCAACUAAAGAGAGUAUAUCUUAAAAAUUCUUGAAGAUAUUUGAUUUAAACAUUGUAAAUACAUUGUUCUUAGACUAAAGUUAUGUUUCUUAUUCUAAAUUAGAAUAUUUAAAGUAUUGGAAAGUUAUGGUAAUUUCUAUUUGGUUAAGAACAUUGUUGUUUGAGAAUAUUUCAAAAACAAAUUAAAAAGUUUGAAUCAGACCUUUUAUAUACAUUUUUUAUUAAAGUAAAAUAACAUAUAUGUACUUUACAUUUUGAUUUAUAGUGAUUGUAUGAAUAUUUCAAUUUUCUAUAUAUCCAAAUCCUUUUUUAAACCAUGUACAAAAUUCAGUGAAAUGAUAAUAAACAAUUAAAUCCUCUGAGAAUCCUGAUUAUUGAUAUAGUGUUUAAUAAUGAGCGUCAUCAGAAUGUUUGAUUGAUUCAUGGAUUUUUUUAAAAGCAACACUUUCAAUUUAAAAAAAUAAUAUACUAGAUGACCAUUUGAUUAGACAACUUCUGGGGGGGGGGGGGGGGGGGGAGUAUUAGUCCCAAAAGGAUAGUUCUAAUUUAUAUUACUAUUUUUUUUCUUGUGUUGCUACAUGUAUUUAUGUGAAAAUUGUUGAUCUAUAUACAUCUGUAGAUAUGAUGACCAUUUAGAUAAUCUAAUAUAUACAUGUAUGUAGUAAUUGUGGGGGAAAUCAUCAUAUUAGCAUCCACUAUGAACUUUAUUGACUACAGGGAACUUUUGGAGUUGUUUCAAUAGUUGUAAAAUUGUUUAAAGCAGUUCUUUGUAUGACAAGAAAUUAACAUGCAGAACUUUCAAUGCCACCCGUUGCCCAUUGCCUAUUUAAGAUCUGAGUCAAUAUAGUCACUUUUGUGCCACAUAAUUACCAUUUGUUUGAACUUUGUUUAUCUAAAGGGAAUAAAGCAUACCAAGAC